UUAUCAAAGAAGGUGGAAGAAGAAUUUGUGGGAGUUGGAAAACCAAUGGGUUCCUGUAACGCCCGCACCGCUUAAAGUUUACACCAAAAGGUGCCGCAAACCCACUUCACUUGUUGUUCCAAAUGUGGCUAGACGCUUGGAUUUCUCGGCCUCUCCCGAUUCUACUAGUCAGCCAUCACACAAUCACUGUAAGUCUACCAAUUUUUCUUUUAACAUUAUAUUUUUUGUUAUGUUGCUUUAAGAAAUCAUUAGAUAUGUUAUUCAUUAGUUUGAAGUUGAUGACUUGGGUCAGUUUUUAAUAACUUUUUGUGCAAUCAGCAACCAAUUUAACCACACUGUUUUAUAAUGUUUUUCAUCUUGAAUUAAGGUGAUGGACAAAAACAUUUGCAAGGUGAUUUUGUUUUUGUUAAGGAAAACGAGAAGCUUCAUUGUAGUGAUGGUUUAGAGCCACCACCAACUCCAUCAGUGAAGCAAAUUGCGAGGAAAAGACCGAGAAAUGAUUCGGAUGUGAAUCAAAGGCCGUUGACAACUAAGAAACUUCGGUAUAGGCCUAAGGUUGCAGCUGACGGAACGAAAAGAAGAGGUAAGAUCGAACUUGAAAGUAAGGCGAAAAGGAAGCAUGCAAGAGGAGAAACGGAGUCCAAUAUAAAGGGGGAGAUGAAGUAUGCAAGACAGAGCUGUGAUGAUGUAUCGCAGGAUUCAAACCUUGAAAUGAAGUCAGGAAAGCAUUUGCAGUCUGAACUUAAGUUGGAGAUAACAAGGAGGUCCACAAGAAUUGCUUGUACAAUGAGCAAAACAUUUGACUGCCAAACCAACUCCUCAUUGACUCAUACAAGUUUUCUAAAAGGAUGCAGGAGUAAGAGGCAGAGGAAAUCAGAAGCAUCCAUCCUUGCCUUGCAUAUAAAAGAGAAGAGACAUGAAGGGUCUAAUCGAAGAAGAAUAGAAUCAAAUGCUAUAGUUCCCUAUCGAAAAUCUCAUUCCGCCAAGAGCAGAGACGUAGGUGCUAUAGUUCCGUACCAGAGUCCUAAAAGAAAACUAAAAGCACUGGUCCUUCUUGAUGAUGAGACAUUGAGACAGUAUAAUUUGGUGAUGAAAAUAGACGAUGGCGUGGGUGAGAAACAGGAAGACGAAGAAAGACAGAAGAAGUGGGAAGAGGAAAGAACAAUUUUCCUUGCUCGUAUCAAGUCAUUCUCUUCCAAAAUGCAUCUCAUCUUAGGAGAUAGAAGAUUCAAACCAUGGAAAGGAUCAGUGCUGGACUCAUUGGUUGGAGUUUUCUUAACUCAAAAUGUUACUGAUUUUCUUUCAAGUGCUGCUUACAUGUCACUUGCGUCGAAGUUUCCUAUUCGAUCAACAAGCAACCAAGAAGCAUCUGAUGAUGAACUAGAGAACGAGUACGGUCAAGAGUCAAUUGGAGCUGAUUCUGUAUACACCGGAACACCAGAGGAUUCAAAUGGUAAUAGAUAUUAUGUAGCUGAACCUGAAUCAAAAACUUCAGUAGAUGUUGAAGAUACUGGAAGAACCAUCAUUCAGCUAGAACCUCAUAUAGUACUAACAUGUGAAAACCCAUCAAGAGCUACAGAGGGCAUAAAUCCACUAUCAAGCUCAAAGAGGUUAAACUGCGGUACAUUUGAAAAACCUUGUUCUUCUUCCAGUGCCAGAAAUAAUUCUCACUUCAUCAAAGAUAAUCAAGCUGAAAAUGGUCAUGAAGAGAAAGUUUUACUGGACAUGGAUUGCAGCUCAGUGGCAGAAGUUGAGAUUGAAAAAACUCUUAGCAAGGAACAAAAUAAGCCUGAAGAGAUGGUAUGCGAAGAUUGUGCUUUGCAUCCGAUUACUUCUAUCUCGAGUAUGAAGGAUAAUAGCUCGGGUGUGGCUUCUGCUAUGACAAAAAAGACGAGUAAAGGGAAGAAAAAAGUUGUUGAGGAGAAGAGGAAUUGGAAUGAGAUAGGAAGAGAAUAUUCCAGACACAGAAGUAGGGCUGCGACAGAUUCUGUGGACUGGGAGGCAGUUAGGCAUGCACCUCAAUCUGAGGUAGCUGAUGCCAUCAGAUCACGAGGGCAGCACAAUAAUAUUGCAGAAAGAAUCAAGGCAGUUCUUAAUCACAUAAAUGAACACCACGGAAGCCUUGAUCUUGAAUGGUUGCGAUAUGCCCCACAUGAUAUCGUUAAGAAAUACCUGCUGGAAAUAAGAGGAAUAGGAUUGAAAAGUGUGGAAUGUUUACGGCUUUUGACACUUCAUCAUAGGGCCUUCCCAGUUGAUACAAAUGUUGCUCGGAUAGCAGUGCGUUUGGGAUGGGUUCCCUUGGAACCACUCCCUGGAAAUCUUCAGCUUCACCUUUUAGAAGAGUACCCAGUCAUGGACACCAUUCAAAAGUAUCUCUGGUCCCGACUGUGCAAGCUCGACGAACAAGAACUGUAUGAAUUGCACUAUCAGAUGAUAACUUUUGGAAAGGUAUUUUGCACAAAGUUAAAUCCAAACUGCGGUGUUUGUCCAAUGAGGGCAGAGUGCAAACAUCUUGCGAGUGCAACUGCAAGCAAAACUCUUUGCUUACCACGCCCAUCAGGGAAAGGUGAAGAGAUGUUCGAGGUUCCUAGCUUGUGUUUUGAAAACUCUGCUGAUGUUGCUAAUAGUGCUCUGGUUCGAGAUUCAACACCAAUAUCUACCCAAACUCAAGAACCAGAUUUUGCAAACCAGACGUCUGAACCCAUAAUAGAAGAGCCAAAAUCACCACAACUUAUAGAUGACAUUGAAGAUUUUGGAAUGCGUUAUGGAAUUGAUGAACAUAUUGUCAACAAGGAUGAAGAAAUUCCUACCUUAAUUCUAAGCAAUGAACCGUUUAGGACCAAUGUGCAGUGCUUUAUGGACAAUUACUGGAAUAUUCACCAACCUGAAGGUUCAUCAAGAGCUAUAGUGCCACUAUCGGUGAAUGUUGAUUCAGUUCCUGUGCGCAAAUUGAAGAAUAUCAGCCGCUUGCGGACUGAACACCAAGUCUAUGAACUUCCGGAUGAUCAUCCACUUCUGGUUGGGCGAAGGAAACGAGAUCGCAAUGAUCACUCCCCUUACCUUCUUGCUAUAUGGUCACCAGGUGAGACUCCAGGUUCCUGCCAACCUCCCAAGAAAACCUGCAAUUUUCAAGGACCUGAUCAACUCUGCAAUGAUAAAACAUGCUCUUUCUGUGAAAAUGUUCGGGAAACAACAAGUAAAACAGUCCGCGGAACCAUUUUGGUACCGUGUAGAACAGCAAUGAGAGGAAGGUUUCCGCUCAAUGGCACAUAUUUUCAAGUUAACGAGGUAUUUGCUGACCAUGAAACGAGUCAAAAUCCGAUCAUUGUUCCCAGGAGUUCAAUAUGGAACCUACCACGGCGGACUGUAUGCUUUGGUACAUCCCCAAAUACAAUAUUUAAAGGAUGUUCAUUGGAGGGGAUUCAAGAAAAUUUCUGGAAAGGUUUUAUUUGCGUUAAAGGUUUGGAGGUAAAUACUGGUGCUCCAAAACCUUUAGUCAAGAGAUUUCACUGUCCUACUGGUAAGACGAAAACAAGGGUCAGGAAAUCAUUGAAAGAAGGUGAUGCUAAGAGCACCAGAAGCAUGAGGUAAGUAGGACAAGAAUAAAGGAGACUUGGCAGGUGGGCAGCAGAAAGAAGGUAAAGUAUACUAUCUGAUAAUGUUAGAUUUAUAUGGAGAAACUUAUUUAUUUUGUUCCAUACAGGUGAAAAGUUUAGUGUAUCUGCAGAUGGUUGUACUGAAUUGGUCUUGAAAGAUCGUGUAACUAAUGACAUUGAAUCUUGUUGAGCAAUCAGCGUGGCGCUUGGAGAUGCUGAUCAUACCAAUGUUUACAUUCAUAAGAAGCUGGAAAACGAGGGGGAAAUAUAUUUGUGAUUCAAGUGAAAGAAGGUGAAGAAAGAUUCCGAUGUGUGCUAAGGUUAUCGAUGAAGACGUUGCGAAAUCGAAGCGGCUCCAGGCAAUAUGGAAUUAAAGCUUCUGCAAAGCUAAACACUCCAUCAAUGAAUCAACUCAUUCCUAUUUCAUGAUGCAUUUCAUUUUUUUUCUUCUUAUGUCUUUGGUUUGUUGAUGAAAUUCAUUUGGAGAUCUAGCUAUA